CGCCUGGAGCGCGGCAGGCAGGAGGGCAGGCGCGCGGCUCCGCUCCACGCCGUCCCUGCUCUGUUCAUUCAUGAUUGGUACUCGGCCCCCCGAGACCCAGCCCGAGCGCGGGGAGGGGAGCCGAGCGUGCGGCGGGAGGGGCGGGCGAGCGCGGCUCCCGCACCGCACGCGGCGCUGGCUCGGGAGCUUCGGCCGCGCGGGAGCGCCGGCCGGGUGUCCAGCGCCAGGCAGGCUCCAUCGUCCUCCACCCUCGGCGAGGGGAGCGGCCGGGCCCGGGUCCGGAGGCUCGCGAGGAGCCGCUAGCCCUGCGAGCCAGUGCAUGUGCGGGGCUGAAGAAGGAAAGGAAAGGCUCCCAGCGCCCCAGCCCCACACUCGCCGAAUACCAAGCUGCAGCAAGCUGCCGGGUGCUUUUAUUUUUUAACCUCCAAUUCGGAGUAGACGAUCCACAUUGCUUUCCUUCCAGGGGAGGGGAGGGGCAGGGCCCGAGGUCCCAAGUCGCACACAAGUCUUCGCUGCCAUGGGGGCCGUCAUGGGCACCUUCUCCUCUCUGCAAACCAAACAAAGACGACCCUCGAAAGGUAAGUCAGGCUGGACCAGCGGGAGGGCUGUGUGAUGGCACACUGGCAGUUUGGGAGCAAAAGCGGCCACAAUAAGAUUGAAGACGAGCUGGAGAUGACCAUGGUUUGCCAUCGGCCUGAGGGGCUGGAGCAGCUGGAGGCACAGACCAACUUCACCAAGAGGGAGCUGCAAGUCCUUUAUCGAGGUUUCAAAAACGAGUGCCCCAGCGGCGUGGUCAAUGAAGAGACAUUCAAGCAGAUCUACGCUCAGUUUUUCCCUCAUGGAGAUGCCAGCAUGUAUGCCCAUUACCUCUUCCAUGCCUUUGACACCACGCAGACAGGCUCCGUGAAGUUCGAGGACUUUGUAACUGCUCUGUCAAUUUUACUGAGAGGAACCGUCCAUGAGAAACUAAGAUGGACAUUUAAUUUGUACGACAUCAAUAAAGAUGGAUACAUAAACAAAGAGGAGAUGAUGGACAUCGUCAAAGCCAUCUAUGACAUGAUGGGGAAAUACACAUAUCCCGUGCUUAAAGAAGACACUCCAAGGCAGCACGUGGACAUCUUCUUCCAGAAAAUGGACAAAAAUAAAGAUGGCAUCGUGACUUUAGACGAAUUUCUUGAAUCCUGUCAGGAGGAUGACAACAUCAUGAGGUCCCUCCAGCUGUUCCAAAAUGUCAUGUAACUGUGAACGCAGCCAUCCAGCUCUCAGAGACAUACUGAACAGCCAACUGAGCACCUUGAUCGGCCCUCCUGCUGAUUUUAACUGACUCUUGGGACAGAAACACCUUUUACACUUUGGAAGAACUCUCUGUGAAGACGUACUAUGGAACCCAGGACCACAUGGCUCAGUCUCUGAUUGCCAGCUCUUCCUCCUCCCUCUUCUUGAGAGAGACAAGAUGAAGUCGGGUUUCUUUCGGAAGCAUGCUCCCCUCCUCACACUGCUGCCCUGGGGAAGGCCCCUUUGCUUGAGCUUAACAGUAGUGCACACUUUUCUGCUUGCGUGUCCCAGGCCACUCCUCCAAGUCCAGCAGACCUUGAUGUAUCUGGAAGCAAGAUGACUUGAGCCAAACACGCACCAUCCUCUGGCCUCCCAAACCGAUGUGCCUGUUUCCCUUUCUCUGGUGGGAAGAAUGAGUGUUACACAGCACAGUCAGAAUCUACCGUGACUAGGCUGGGAGAGCCAGCUCCUAACGUGUGUAGGGUAGGACUGAACUACGAAGCAUGGCAUUGUCUGAUGACCCUAACCGCCCACGUGCUUUGUUUCCAAAGGCAAGGACAGCAGUGCCCUCUCAUAUGAGCAUCUGCGCGAGUGGCGCAGGUCCCUCCACAUGCACAGGAAGGGGGCCAGUGCCCGGUGACCCAUGCCUCACUCCAUCUCCUGCUGAGUCCAGCACUGCAUGACCCUCCCAGAAAGCCCAGGAUGCCUGCAAAUAUCUGUAAUUUUAUACCAUCUUCUAACCAAUAAACAGAACUAUUUCUUACACUCUUAA